AUGCAUUGGGCAGUAGCCAUCAACCUCACCAAGAAAGAGCACCUGAAGGGCCGCCUGGAGGAGUACAUGGCCCGGUUCCCCAAGGUGCGCAUCGUUCGGACCAAGAAGAGGGAGGGUCUGAUCCGUACCCGUCUGCUGGGGGCCUCGGUGGCCAAGGGAGAAGUCCUCACCUUCCUGGACUCUCACUGUGAGGCCAACGUCAACUGGCUGCCCCCCCUGCUUGACCAGAUUGCCCAGAACCCCAAGACCAUCGUGUGCCCUAUGAUUGACGUGAUCGACCACAACCACUUUGGUUAUGAAGCCCAGGCUGGGGACGCCAUGAGGGGAGCCUUCGACUGGGAGAUGUACUACAAACGCAUCCCCAUCCCUCCAGAGCUCCAGGGCCCCGACACAAGUGAUCCCUAUGAGUCUCCAGUGAUGGCCGGAGGUCUCUUUGCCGUCAACCGCCAGUGGUUCUGGGAGCUGGGUGGCUACGACACUGGCUUGGAGAUAUGGGGCGGAGAGCAGUACGAGAUAUCGUUCAAGGUAUGGAUGUGUGGGGGCAGUAUGUACGACGUACCAUGCUCCCGAGUAGGACAUAUCUACAGGAAAUACGUCCCCUACAAAGUGCCGUCCGGAACAAGCCUAGCUAGAAACCUGAAGAGGGUGGCCGAGACAUGGAUGGAUGAGUACACGGAGUUCAUCUACCAGCGGCGUCCGGAGUACCGCCACCUGUCCACCGGGGACCUGACGGCCCAGAAGGAGCUGAGGAGACACCUCAAGUGUAAGGACUUCAAGUGGUACAUGAAUGCUGUAGCCUGGGACCUGGCCAAGUACUACCCCACUGUGGAGCCGCUGCCUGCCGCCUGGGGAGAGAUUCGUAACGCUGCAUCAGGUCUGUGCAUAGACUCCAAGCACGGCCCCACAGGGACAGAGCUGCGACUGGACGCCUGUCUGAAGGAGGGGGCUGAACGCACCUGGGCACACGAACAGAUCUUUACAUUUGGCUGGAGAGAGGACAUCAGGCCAGGGGAUCCUCUCCAUACCAGGAAGUUCUGCUUUGACUCCAUCUCCCAGAGUUCCCCUGUCACACUGUACGACUGCCACGGCAUGAAGGGCAACCAGCACUGGAGCUAUAGGAAGGAUAAAUCGUUGUACCACCUGGUGAGCAGCGGUUGCAUGGACUGCAAUCCCGGUGAUAAGAGGAUUUUCAUGAACAAGUGCGACCCUGGGUCCGAGACGCAGCAGUGGCUGUUCCAGAGAGUCAACGCCACCGUCCUAGACAAAUUCAACAGCGCUGCGGCUGCCAGCUCCUAGGAACCAGGCGCC